AGAACCAUGUCCUUCACCCCAGCCAUCUGCACUUAUUUUAGCCCCUCUCCCAUGUCUGCCGAGGGCAGCGGGGGAUGCUUUGGCGCACUUGCUGUUCCUCUCUCCCUCUCUCUCUCCCUCCCUCUGGAAGCAAUGGCGCAGGGCUCCGGCGGAGUAGGCCCUGCUUGUAGACACGCAACCGGCGCGACGGCCGCUGGCCAAUGAGAGCGCGGCAUUACCGCGUCCUGCCAAUCGGAGGCGCCGCGGGGGCGGGGCCUGGGCGGCACCGGGAAGUGCCGCGGGCGGGGAUCCCGAGGAGCGCCGGGAGCCGCCGGGCCGUGCCCGUCCCGUGUGGGGUAACCUGAGAGAGGGGAGCGGGGCCGUAGGCCGGACCCGUCCGGUCUCCGGUCCGGGCUUGGCGGGAGGGCUCGCGGGGCAGAAACGGGCACCAGCACGAGCAGUGCCCUAAAAGUUCACGUGUUGGGGGUUUCUGCUUGUGAAGGAAGGAUUCGUAUUUCACAAUUCCACUGAAAGUUACUGAUUAAGCAGUGUUAAUGAAGCUAUUAAUUCAGUGAUGCGCAGCUUCAAAUACAAAAGUGUAACGGGGCCUGAGGCGGUGCGGCCGCGAUGAUGCUGCAGGAGCUGGUGGCUCGGGCAGCCGGCCUGCACUCGGACAGAGCAGCAGUUUGCUUUGAUGAAUGCAAUGGGAAACCUCCAGCGUUCUACACCUACGCCACCGUGGUUGAGCUUGCCGUGGAGCUGACAGCUUUCCUUCAAAAGCACUGUGGCCACCAGGGCAAAUGUGAAAUAGGCCUUUACUGCUAUCCGGGAAUAAACCUGCCGUCGUGGAUCUUAGGAAUACUUCAAGUUCCAGCUGCCUAUUCACCUAUUGAUCCAGAUGCACCACCAGCCAUAUCCACUUACUUCAUGAAGAAGAGCAAUCUUCAGUAUAUUCUUGUUGAGAAUGACAAAAUAAAUAAAUUCCGGUUGUCCCAUGCUGACUAUUUUUACCACAAUUCCUGCGCCAUAGAACAUACUGGUUUAACUCUCUUCCAAGUGAGCUCAAGCAACACUGAUUUCAGCUCAGAAGUAGACAAUAUGAAAAGUAAAUCUGAACCUUUCAAAGCUGUGGAUAACUCACAGCCAGGAUAUACCUUUGGCCCAGAUCAAACCAAAGUAAAAGCAGCAGAAGCAGAAUACAUGGACGCUGGCCAGAAAGACACUUUAGCAUAUGUCUUGCAUACAUCAGGAACUACAGGGAUCCCCAAAAUAGUCAGAGUACCUCAUAAAUGCAUAGUGCCUAAUAUUCAGCAUCUUAAAUCCAUAUUUGAGAUCACACCAGAUGAUGUGCUAUUCCUGGCUUCUCCUCUCACAUUUGACCCAUCUGUGGUUGAACUGUUCAUGGCUCUGACAAGUGGAGCCUCUAUUCUUGUUGUACCAAAUGCCAUUAAAAUGAUGCCCAUGGAGCUCUCUGCUGCUCUGUUUCACCACCACCAUGUGACAGUGUUGCAGGCAACACCAACACUUCUCAGGAGGUUUGGAGCUCACCUUAUUAAAUCAAGAGUGUUGUCUGCAAAUACUUCACUUCGUGUCUUAGCCCUUGGUGGUGAAGCAUUUCCUGUACUGAGUCUCUUGAAAAGUUGGAAGCACGAGGAGAACAAAACAAGUAUUUUUAAUCUCUAUGGAAUAACUGAAGUGUCAAGCUGGGCCACUUGCUACAAGAUUCCUGAGGAGGUUUUUAGUGCUGAUUUUAGAACGGAUUUUCCUGUACCUUUGGGAUCACCGCUCCUUGGAACAAAACUUGAGGUCAGAGAUGCCAAUGGAUCUGCAGUUCUUGAAGGCGAGGGACAAAUAUUAAUAGGUGGUGAAGAACGAAUCUGCUUUCUUGAUGAUGAAAUAACUGUGCCACUGGGUACAAUGAGAGAAACAGGGGAUUUUGUAAGAGUGGAGAAUGCAAAGUUGUUCUUCUUGGGUCGGAAAGACAAUCAGAUUAAACGUCAUGGCAAACGUUUUAAUAUUGAAUAUCUGCAGCAGGUUGCUGAAGAUCUUUGCCAGGUAGAAGCUUGUGCAGUUACCUGGUAUCAACAGGAAAAACUUAUCUUGUUUGUUUUACCCAAAGAUGAUUUUGAAGAGAGAGAAACACUUAAAGAACUCCAGAUGCGUUUACCAGCUUAUGCAGUCCCUGAUGAGAUUGUAGAGAUUAAAGCUUUGCCUUUAACAUCACAUGGCAAAGUUGAUAUAUCUGAACUCAACAAGAUUUACCAGAACCAUCUAAACUCCAGAAGGCGUGACAGUAAGCUGAGUGACGCAGAGGAAUUGUGGGAAAGAUUGCAGUAUUUAUGGAAGUCUGUCCUUGGUCUUCCAUGUGAUUCCACUGGAAUUUCUAAAGAUGCAGUAUUUCUGUACAGCGGUGGAGACUCCCUAAAGGCACUACGAUUUUAUGAAGAAAUUGAGAUGUUGGUAGGCAAUGCUGUGCCUGGACUCCUUGAAGUUAUUCUCAGCCACUCAAUUGAAGAGGUUUACAGACAUAUUAUUAAAAUGCUGUUUCCAGAUGAAGAACAAUUAAUGAAUUCUGACAAUGUUGUGAAAAGAAAAUUAAGAGGGAGCAGUGGAGAAGAAUUCCAUGGAAAAUAUAUUAAACUGACAUCUGAAAGAGGUCUUGAGGUUGCUUCAGGAUUAAUUCCAUUUAUUGCACUGAGCAGAGGAAAUAAUUUUUUCCCUAUGAAUUUCACCAAGUCUUGUAUACAGCCCAAAAAUACAGUAUGGGUAGGAGUGGAACCACUACAGCAGCCAUCCUUCCUGCAUUCCAAGGCUCCAGGUGUAAUGAAAAAGCAUGUGCAAAGGUCUGAACUGGAGAACAGAAUUUUAACACUUGAAAACAAGGCAAAUAAAAAUGACCAUUCCUCUGUUCAGCAGAACCAUACAGAAUGUAGUCAUUCAUCAGUGGCAGAGUUGGCCAUGUGCGUGAGGUGGAAGUCAAACACGAGAAAAUGUGUUGAUGCAUCACCACUGGUUGUAAUACCAGCUAAAGAAGAAGUAUCUGCAUCUGUGUAUGUUGGCUCUCACUCCCAUGCAAUGCAGGCAAUUGAUCUAGAUUUGGGAGAAAUAAAAUGGGAGAAGACCCUUGGAGAUCGUAUUGAAUCUUCUGCCUGUGUAUCCAAGUGUGGAAAUUUCAUUGUUGUUGGUUGUUAUGAUGGCUUAGUGUAUGUGCUCCAGAGCAGUGAUGGAGAAAUACACUGGACUUUUGUCACAGAAGACACUGUGAAAAGCUCUGCAGUUGUAGACCCUUCCAGUGGACUGAUCUACAUUGGAUCACAUGACCAACACGUGUAUGCUUUGGAUAUAUAUAAAAAAGUGUGUGUAUGGAAGUUACAUUGCGAAGGUGGAGCUGUGUUUUCAUCUCCUUGUCUAAGUUCUUUUCCACAUCAUCUCUAUGUUGCUACAUUAGGAGGACUGUUUUUGGCUGUUAACCCAGUGACAGGGAGUAAGAUUUGGAAAAGCAACCUUGGAAAACCACUCUUCUCCUCUCCCCACUGCAAUGAGAACUACAUCUAUGUUGGGUGUGUGGAUGGAAACUUAUAUUGUUAUACUCAUUCUGGAGAAAAGGUUUGGCAAUUUUCCACUAAUGGGCCAGUGUUUUCAUCUCCGUGCCUCUCAAGUUUAACUAAGCAAGAAAUAUUUUUUGGCUCUCACGACUGCUUUAUCUACUGCUGUAACAUGGAGGGUAAUUUACUGUGGAAAUUUGAAGCCACUUCAAGUGUAUAUGGAACACCAUUCAUUUUCCAAAGUGAUGACUUAAAUAACAAAAUUCUCUUGGCAGCAGUAUCUACAGAUGGCAAAGUGUGGAUCCUGAAUGCCAAGAGUGGAACAGCAGAAGGAGUAGAUAAGCUUCCAGGCGAGGUUUUCUCCUCGCCUGUAGUAUGGGGAUCAAAGCUUGUUGUUGGCUGUAGAAAUGAUUAUGUUUAUUGUCUAGAUCUGUAUAUAGCAGGAAAAAAUAACAACUAAGAUGUUCAGCUGCUUCAUUUUUAUUGUUUACAUUUGUAAACUAGGAGUUCACACAUGCUCUCUACCCCUCUGCCUAUUUUGCUGCAGGCAAGAGACGUACCUUGCAGGCUUGUUCAGUAGUAGUUUGCAGCAGCAGUGUCCAGUGAUGGAGGGACGAUGGCUGCUGCUGAGCAGAGGGGGCACAAAGUGUGUAAGGUGCUAUAUUUUAUAGCUUGGGUAGCAGGCUAUCCAAGGAGGAGUGUAUUGUUUUCUCUGAGUCCAUCCUUGCCUAUGCCUGGCUCUUCCUUGCACCAGACUAGUGUUUGUCUGUCUCUCAAGAUUUCUGUGCCAGGCAAACUAACUCAAGUCCAUUUUUGAAUCUAACUUUAAACUUGAUUUCUAGAGGCAUAGCCUGAAUUUCAUAUACCUGUAAGGAGAGACCUGUUUAUUGCACUUCGUACAAACAGAGUAAUUCAUCUUUUGUAGACCUAAGCCUGUCACAGUUUAAUUAAUCUAGCAUAUGCUUAGACUCCAUUGAAGUCAGUAGGAGUUACCUCUUGUAUUCCAAAGUGGAAAUAACACUAAAAAUAUUUAUUAAAUUUCAAUUACAGGAACGGUAUGAGUUCCAAGAUGAAGUGUGGACUGCUCAAAUCAACCCUUGUCAAAUAAUUUUUUUAAGAUAUUUGAAUGAAUGCUGUUCACAUUGUCUUCAUAAGAGCUAUUAAUAAAAGGUUGUGUAAAUUGG